GGGGGGUGGGAAAAGUCCGCCUGGCUUCGCGUAGCGCCCGGCGGGGCGGCCGUGCUGCGGGGCCAUCCUGGCGGCCUCUGGGGAGCGGCCGGGGCCCCCCGACUGCUGGGCUCUCCGGAGGGAGGGGGUUUGCUUUUUUAAGCGUCAGCGACUCGCCCGUCGCGCCUGAGUGCUGUAUUGGAAAAACUGAGAUGUUUUCUGCCCUUAAUUCUGCUGCAUUUGAAAUCCAAACGCGGCAAGGUUUGUGUAUUGCUGAAGUAGUUUGUAAGGAAAUCCUCCGCUUGAAGCGAAUGUUUCGUUUGUUUUUUAUAGGUUUGUCGAAAGUCAGGUGGUUUGUUUCUCUCAGAAUUACCCCGUAACAUUAGAGUAUGUGAUAAUGGAAUUAGUAGGUUAGAUCCUCAUCUUCUAACACUUCAUUAGCAGUGGUAUCCAUGUUUCAUUAACAGUCAUAAGCAGAAGCUGAGUUGACAUGGAUGUCUAAGUAUUUUUCUGAGUUUGCUGUUGAAGAAAGCGCUGUAAUGUGAGAGACUGAAAAUACUGUUGAGAGAAACGACAAAAUGAGUGGUCGUCGAAAGCGUGCGCCUCCAUCAAAAAUAGAUGAGGCGGAGAAGAAACUGCUCUGCUGGAAUAUGCAUGAGGAUCGGAGAAAUGAGUUGAUAACGUUAGAUGAUGAACUGACUACUGAGGAUGAUAUUCCAGGUCCUAGCACUUCCUCUGCAUCCUUCUUUGUUAUAAAUGAUGACAGCAUUGACGAAGAUCUUGUUCAAAAAGACAACAGUCGUUCAAAAUCUGAUAAGUUUUUGGCAGCUAAUGACGGAGAAGACUCUAAUUCCACCUCGACUCCUGUGUCAGUACAGCUAAAUAUUGUAGUCUUACCGUACCAUGCAGAUGGGUCCUGGAAAGUUUUACUGGGAGAACUUGCAUUUUAUCUUCCUUCUGAGCAAAUUGUAAGUGAGGAGUUCCAUGAAAGGGGCUUUACAUUAAUGAGAGGAGACUCCGACAAUCACCUGCUGGUCUGCGUCCAUAAAGGAAGUGAAGAAGAGUACAGUGACGGAAGGAAAGAAUGCCUGGGUGCUUAUGGGCAAAUUAUUUUGGUGGAACCAACUUUAGGUGGUGAAAUACUGGAAGGCUUGAGGUGGCUGCAAAAUAAAAAGAUAAUUGGACUUUAUCAAAGACCUGGAGAGGGUCGAGCUCUAAAGGUUGGAAUCUACCUUCUGGAAGCAGGGUUAAGUAAACCAGAGUUUCUCAGUGAUGGAGGUGGAAGACCCAAAAAAGCUAAUCAGCUAAUUCAAAAACUCAUGGAAAAGUUCUACAGUUUUAUAAUUCCAGAUGUGUUGGAGGAAGAUGAGGAAGAAUCUGACAUGGAGCUAGAGCGGCAAAAUAUUGAAGAGCUUUAUGACUUUGUAAGGCAUACUCAUCAGCAGGAUAUCCAACUCCUGAGAGAGGAUGUGCAGCAUCCUGCCUUAAUUCCCAUUCUAAGGCCAUACCAAAGCGAAGCAGUGAAUUGGAUGCUUCACCGAGAGAACUUCACAAGCACUCCAGGUGGUGGCAAGUAUACGGAAAAUGCACUGCAUUUCUUAUGGCGAGAGGUCGUCACUCUGGAUGGAGUGAAAAUCUACUAUAAUCCCUUCACUGGCUGUAUUAUCCGUGAAUACCCAUUUGCUGGACCUCAGUGGCCUGGAGGUAUUUUGGCAGAUGAGAUGGGUCUUGGAAAAACAGUUGAAGUGCUGGCUCUUAUUCUGACUCACACCCGACAAGACAUCAAACAAGAUGAUCUGACAUUACCCGAGGGUGAGCUCGUGAACUUCUUUGUUCCACCUCAACCUUCACAGGGAAGUAAAAAGAAAAAAACAAGGGAAAUGGAACUUAAAUUGAAGGAAAAAAUACAAUAUCCCAGCUUAAGAGUGAUGGUGUUAGCAGCCGUGAAGGAAAUGAAUGUGAAGAAAGGAGCAUCUAUUUUUGCAAUAUUUAAGUAUAUCGGUGCUGUAUAUAGGUAUGACACACAGAGAAAUAGACGGCUUCUCAAAAGAACGCUGGAAAAACUAAUUGCAGAUCAAGUAGUAGAACAAGUGAAAGGACAUGGUCUGGCUGGGUCUUUCAAGCUGGGAAAGAAUUACAAGGAACAGAAGAGACGAGAGAGAACCAAAGAACAGAUAGCAAAGACUUCAGGAAGGAUUCAGAAGAAGCAGUUGUCUGAUGCUAAUACGCAAACCAAAGAAUCAAAAGAUAGUGAUGUCACUUCUACAGAUGUCCUUAAAAUCCCUUUACGAAUGAAUAUUGCCACAGAAGAACAUGAUUAUUGUGCAACUAACAAAAAUGACAGGAAAUCUGAAACAGAUUAUGAAAACUCUGUGGAAGAGAAUAGCAUUCAGCAGAAAACUGUGGUCCCAAAAUCUCCUGACUUGCAUGGCAAGCUCCUCAUUUCUAGUGACAUUAGCAGUCAUUCUGAUUUUGAUGAUUCUAAAAGUACAGCUGAUGUCCAUCAGGAAAUCCCAAGAUCUUCACAUUCACAAGAACAUGCUAGCAGUAGCGUACAACGUACCAGCUCUGUAUUUCCGUUUAAUACCUCUGAAUAUCGUUUUGAAUGCAUCUGUGGUGAGCUUGGAUUGGUUGACUAUAAAGCUCGUGUGCAGUGCCUGAAAUGCCAUUUAUGGCAACAUGCAGAAUGUGUAAACUAUAAAGAGGAGAACUUGAAGAUCAAGCCCUUUUACUGUCCCCAUUGUCUUGUGGCAAUGAAACCAGUUUCCACAGGAGCAACUCUCAUCAUUUCUCCAAGUUCUAUUUGUCAUCAGUGGGUAGAUGAGAUCAACAGGCAUGUGAGGUCAUCAUCUCUUCGAGUUCUGGUGUAUCAAGGUGUGAAGAAGCACGGCUUUUUGCAGCCACACAUGUUGGCAGAGCAGGAUGUGGUCAUCACAACGUACGAUGUCCUCCGUACUGAGCUGAACUACGUAGACAUACCCCAUAGCAACAGCGAAGAUGGGCGCCGCUUCAGGAACCAGAAGCGGUACAUGGCCAUCCCAAGCCCCUUAGUAGCAGUGGAGUGGUGGAGGAUCUGCCUUGAUGAAGCACAAAUGGUUGAAUGCACUACUGCAAAGGCUGCUGAAAUGGCACUCCGUUUAAGUGGAAUCAACCGCUGGUGUGUCAGUGGCACUCCCGUGCAGCGAGGGUUAGAAGAUCUGUAUGGAUUAGUCCUUUUCCUUGGAAUUGAUCCUUACUGGGUCAAACAUUGGUGGGACCAGCUUCUAUAUCGACCUUAUUGUAGGAAAAAUUCCCAGCCUCUCUACAGCCUGAUUGCCAAGAUAAUGUGGAGAUCGGCAAAGAAGGAUGUGCUCGACCAAAUUCAAAUUCCCCCUCAGACAGAAAAUGUACACUGGCUUCACUUUUCUCCUGUGGAGAGACACUUCUAUCAUCGCCAGCAUGAGGUGUGCUGCCAGGAUGCAUUGGCAAAACUGAGGAAGAUUUCAGAUUGGACUCUGAAGCUUAGUAGCCUAGAUAGAAGGACUGUGACAUCUAUUCUGUACCCUUUGCUGCGGCUGAGGCAGGCCUGCUGUCAUCCACAAGCUGUUCGAGGAGAGUUCUUGCCAUUACAGAAAAGCACCAUGACCAUGGAAGAACUGCUAACAUCUCUGCAGAAGAAAUGCAGAACAGAGUGUGAGGAGGCUCACCGACAGCUGGUGUGUGCUCUUAAUGGCUUAGCUGGAAUCCAUAUCAUAAAAGGAGAAUAUGCAUUGGCUGCAGAACUGUACCGAGAAGUGUUACGUUCUUCUGAAGAGCACAAAGAAAAGCUCAAAACAGAUUCCUUGCAAAGACUUCAUUCUACACACAACUUGAUGGAGCUGUUGGCAAAGCACACAGGAAUUCCUCCAACUUUGCGUGAUAGUCAGCUUUCAGCAGAGGCAGAACAACUUCGACAGCAUUAUAUGAGUAAAUCCAAUGCAGAAGUUGCAGAAGCCCAUCAGGCUUUACAGCCAGUUUUACAGACCAUUCGGGAGCUCCAGAGAAAGAUACAUUCUAAUUCUCCUUGGUGGUUGGAUGUCAUCCAGACAGCAAUACAGUAUGCCAUUGAUGAAGAGCUUGUUCAACGUGUGCAAAAUGAAAUAACCUGCAACUACAAACAACAGACAAAUAAACUCUCCAUGGCAGAUAAAUUCAGAGACUGUAGAGGCCUUCAGUACCUGCUCACAACCCAGAUGGAUGAAGUGAAGAAGUUCCAGAAGAUUGUAAGAGACGCAGUGAAAAGCUUAGAAGGCCCUCCCUCAAAGGAGGUUAUUGAGGCUGCUACUAUCUGCCAUUUGCGACCUGUUAGACUUCCACUUAACAACUGUGUCUUCUGUAAGGCUGAUGAGUUGUUCACAGAAUACGAGUCAAAACUUUUUUCUCAUACUGUUAAAGGCCAAAUGGCUAUAUUUGAAGAGAUGAUAGAAGAUGAAGAAGGGCUUGUUGAUGAUCGUUUGCCCACUACAAGUAGAGGACUGUGGGCAACUAGUGAAACUGAGCGUGCCUUGAAAGCUAUUCUCUCCUUUGCCAAAGCUCACCGGCUGGAUGUUAAGCUAACUGAAGAAGGUAGCAUAUUUCUGGAACUCUUCGAAGCAUGGAAAAAGGAAUAUAAGUUACUUCAUGAAUAUUGGAUGGUACUAAGGGAUCACGUGUCUGCUAUUGAUGAACUAGCAAUGGCGACAGAACGGCUGAGGGUGCGUCAUCCUGAUGAGCCAAAACCAAAUCCCCCAGUUCUCCACAUCAUAGAGCCUCAUGAGGUAGAGCAAAAUCGAGUGAAACUUCUGAAUGACAAGGCAGUUGCUAAAUCACAGCUUCAAAAGAAAUUAGGACAACUACUAUAUCUCACUAAUCUGGAGAAAUCUCAGCAUAAAACUACUGGGGGAGUAAAUCCAGAACCAUGUCCUAUCUGUGCACGUCAACUGGGAAAACAGUGGGCUGUGCUGACGUGUGGGCAUUGUUUUUGUAAUGAGUGUAUAGCUAUCAUCAUAGAGCAGUACAGUGUUGGCACCCGCCGGAGCUCAAUUAAAUGUGCCAUUUGCAGGCAGACUACAUCUCAUAAAGAAAUAUCAUAUGUCUUUACUGCGGAAACUGCAAAUCAGGAGGAUGAUAUUCCUGUAAAGGGGGAAGAAUGCAUAAAUCGGUAAAUAUGGGCAAAUGAAAACUGAAAGCAUGAAGGCAGGCUCUGGCUGUGCUGGAUUAAAAAUGCAAAGGUAAAAGACUUAUAAUAUUUUGAUGUAGGUGAUACUGCUGCCUUUUCUAAAAUGUGAUUAUGGUACAUCUGGACAUAACAAUCAUAGUUUUCAUUUGGUUAGUACAGUUAGAAGUAAUAAUGUGCUGAGAGACUUCCAUGUUACCUGUGCAAAUCUCCUUUGAACCCUGUGGGUAUCCUAGAGUUGCUGACUUCUGCUGAAGUUAAUGCUGCUGUACUCGUGCCACUUAUGUCAGCCUUCCUGUUAAACUGAAAUUUCUUUUUCUAAGUAGAUGCUUCCUAAAUCAAAUUAUUAGAGUUAAGGUAGUUGACAAUAUGUGGCACCAGGGGGAGUAAAUAGACUGUAGUUUUGAAGCGCUGGUUAUAAGGACCUCGCUUUAUACGAAUUUGAAAAAGCUGUUCACUAAGUGCUUUGAUAUGCCAUCUUGAUUCUAACAAGAAAACUUCAAAUAUGUUUCUUAAAUUGCUUAAAGAAAAAUAACUAAAUUUCUUGAGUAAAACGUAGAAGGAGCAGCUCAUCUACUGUCCUGCAUAAAUGGCUAUAGAGUUUCCUUGAAGUACUUCUGCAUCAAAAACUUGAGGUGUAUAAAUUUACAUUUUGCGUUAUCUCAUUAAAAAGGAACAAUUUAUAUUGCAGUUUUCCUGUAUUUACUAUCAAAUCAGAGUUAUUAAAAAUAACUUUUCAUAUUCUUCUAAGGACGGUUGUUAACAAAAGGUAACUAACUCAUUAUGGUUUCUGUUGAAUGUAGAGGUUAAGAAAUGGUUUGUAGUUUUGACUCUAAUGUGUCCUGUUUGAUAACUAGAACUGGCUCAUCUAUUUAUAUAUUCUCAUCUGGAUAUUCAAGAAAAUAACAAACUUCAAGGUGUGUGGGUAAUGAGUUGGGUAACUUUCUUCUUGUAAAGGCAAACUGAAAACUCAUUGCAGGUUACUUCUAUUAGUAUCACCUCACCAGAAAUAUUGAGAACAAAAUUGAAUUUUUUUGUGCUGCGAACCAAAACUUUGGCCAAUUUUUAGUUCAAUUACAAGUCUAAAAUAGUUUUCUAAUAUGAUGUAAGCAGUGGGACAAAGAGCUUUCUGCACUUUGCUAUUAUAUUUUUAAAAAUUGAGCAAAAAGCGUAAGCACUUAGUGUUGUACUGUGUGUUUUUUUUUCCUCCAUCAUAGUUCCUCUAACUGAUCUUCUACAAAGUCAGAUUUGUAACAUGUGAGUCACAGGAAAUCUGAAGGGUGGAAAAAUCAACAAUAGCGGCUACAGCUACUAUGUCUCCUAGCAAGGAAAAAUUGGACCUGAUAAGGUUGUGGGCAUUUUUUGUGGGGAGGGGUAGAAAUCGCAGGCAGCACAAAACUGCCAGAAAAACAGUGAAAGCUGACGUGUUUCUUUUGUUCAUCUUGGCAAAACUACCUGAGUGUUAAAAGCUUGGAAAGGUCAUUUACACACUUUUAAAUAGAGGUUGGCUGAAAUUUAGGUCAUGCCCUGCCUGUGGAGAGAGUGUAGGACUUCGGUAUUGUAGGAAUUUACACUUGUAAAAUGUAUUCUCCAUAAGGGUCCAGCUUUGAAUGCUGAGACAAGUAAUCCUAACAAAGAAUAUUAGCAGGAAGGAUUGAUACUUGAAGAAGAGCGUGAGGGUUAUUCAGGCUAGACAGGUACACAGGUUGAACGCAGGUGACAUUAAUAUACUUUGUGUUGAAUUGAUGGAUUGACUUUCUGCAAGUGGUUUUCUUAUUGACAUAAGUCUACAGUUAGCGAGUUGCUUUUUGUUUCUCAAUAGAUUGGAUAUUGUAUAUAAAAAUAAUUGCUUUGCAGAUAGUGAGAGGUUCUCAAUAAUUCAGUUUCUGCAAAGUAAAGUGUUGUGAAAGUAACAUGAAACAAUACUAAUUUACGGAAACAUAAUACAGUAGGGACAAAUGGUUAACUUGGCCAUUUAUUAAAUUUGAGUUAGAUGCUGUUAGAGUAAACUUGACUGUACUGUUCACUAAGUUUAUAUGAACUUGAUUAAUUGUGUAAAAGGUUUUACAUAAACAAGAUAAAAUGAAAUGUGGCCUGAGGUUGAAGAGGUUGCCCUUUUCCUCUCUGUUUCAUUUCUUUCUUUCAUGAAAUGUUUCUGCAGAAAACCCAGUUGGAGCAGAUUAGCUAGAAUUGUCAGCAGUGAUUUACAGAUGGAGAGUUUCAGAAAAACACAUAAAUGAUCCUGGGAACUAUAGGAAUUGCCUGGAGUUAGUUUCAGAUCUCCAAACUGAAGGAGGUUAUGCCAGGCAGCAGCUGUAAGACUGCAAACGUCUUUCAUCCUUGCACAUCAUAAUACCUAAGCAUUGCCUGUUGUCUGUAUGUCU